UCCUCCCCUUUUCUUCAGUCUUCACUCUCUUUUUUUUUCUUUCUUUGCUUCAUUGGAUUUCCUACCCUUUUUUCAAAAGGAGAUACCAGAAAAGAAAUAUAUGGAUGACUAUUGACUGCUGACUGAGAGAAACCGAUGGACUGGGACACUAACCACCAAGAACAACCACCGCCACCGCAACCCCACCACCAAAAUCAAGAGAAUAACAGAGCAAAUGUUGCUGUUCCUGUUCCUGUUAAUGGGAAUGCUGGAGGAGGAGGAGGAGGGGUAAUGUAUGUCAAGGUAAUGACAGAUGAGCAAUUGGAGACUCUAAGGAAGCAGAUUGCAGUCUAUGCGACUAUUUGUGAGCAACUUGUCGAGAUGCACAAAACCCUCACUGCUCAGCAAGAUCUGGCAGGAGGCAGGCUGGGAAAUCUCUACUGUGACCCAUUGAUGGCUUUGUCUGGCCACAAAAUUACUGCUAGGCAGCGUUGGACUCCAACACCUGUGCAGCUUCAGAUUUUAGAACGUAUCUUUGAUCAAGGAAAUGGAACUCCCAGCAAGCAAAAGAUCAAAGAGAUAACUUCUGAUCUCAGUCAGCAUGGCCAAAUUUCUGAAACGAAUGUUUAUAACUGGUUCCAAAACAGGCGCGCUCGAUCAAAAAGGAAGCAACUAGUUGGACCAUCUAACAAUGCUGAAUCAGAAGUGGAGACAGAGGUUGAUUCACAGAAUGAUAAAGAAACUAAGCCGGAGAUUUUUCAUUCCCAACAGAACCAACCUCUUCAAGCUGAAGAUCUGUGUUUUCAUAGCCCGGAGAUGAGCUCGGAACUUCAUUACUUUGGGAAUGACCACCUGACUGGAAAAAUGGGAACGCCGGGAAGCUAUAAUCUUUACGAGCAGGCUGAAAACUAUAGCAUGUGAGAGGGGCUGACAGCCUGAUAGUCACUUCAUCUGCCCUUGUUAAUUUGUGGCAAGAAAUGAUGUUGCUCUGUCAAUUUGAUGAAAGGGGAGAAAGUUUGUCCCAAUGAAUGGAAACAUACAUGGCUAACACCGUAUAGAUUUAUAAAUACUUAUUGUUUAAUGUUUACUAAGGAGUUGGUUAUAUAUUUAUAUGUGUGUGGAUUUUUUUUCCUUUAGAAUUCUUGUUUGAAUGAUUAGAAUAGUUGAUUUUGUUGGAUUGUUCUUGGGAAGAUUCCUCUGGUGGGUAAACUAGUUACGUUUGGCAUUGUAUUGGAGUUGGCAGUGAUGUAAAUUGGUGGAUGA